AUGGCACCAUUUGAGGUAAAAAUCUUCAUGGCUCAGAGUAGACAAAAGAGUAAAGCGGACCAGAAGGUUCUCGAUUUAGAGUUCAUGGUUGGGGAGCAAGUUCUACUGAAGCGUAUUGGGGAGGUAGCAUCUGAGUUGGUUUUACCUCUGGGUGUUUCGAGUGUUUACCCAGUUUUUCAUGUUUCGAUGCUGAAGAAGUACCAUUUUAAUGGUUCUCAAGUGAUUAGCUGGGAUUUAGUGUUGCUUGAUCAGACUCUGACUUUUGAGGAGGAGCUGAUAGCCAUCUUGUAUCGACAGGUUCAGAAGUUGACAUCGAAAGAAAUGGCUUCAGUGGAGAUAUCGUCCAGUUGGGGAGAUUAUUUGGGAGAUCGAGUUUGA